CGCUGAUUGGGCGGCUGCGCCGCCGCCGAGGGCGGGGCCGGCAGCGGGGCUGUGGGAGCGACAAGAUGGCGGCGGAGACCGUGGAGCUCCAUAAGCUGAAGUUGGCCGAGCUGAAGCAGGAGUGUCUGGCCCGCGGCCUGGAAGCGAAAGGCAACAAGCAGGAUCUGAUCAACAGGCUGCAGGCUUACCUGGAGGAGCACGCUGAAGAAGAAGCAAACGAAGAAGAUGUCCUGGGUGAAGAAAUAGAGGAAGAAGAGCAGAAGCCGGUCGAGCCGCCCGUCAAAGUAGAAGAGCCUCCUGUCAAAUCACCUGACGUGAUUACGGAAAAGAAGGUAGUGAAAAUCACGUCAGAGAUAUCGCAGAUGGAGCGGAUGCAGAAGAGGGCCGAACGCUUCAACGUGCCCGUGAGCCUGGAGAGCAAGAAGGCAGCGCGGGCAGCUCGGUUUGGUUUGGCCACAGUUUCGACUAAAGGCCUCUCUGCAGACAGCAAACCCACGGUAAACAUGGAUAAAUUAAAGGAAAGGGCUCAAAGAUUUGGGUUGAAUGUCUCCUCGCUCUCCAAGAAGAGCGAAGAAGACGAGAAACUGAAGAAGAGAAAGGAGCGGUUUGGCAUUGUAACGAGUUCAGCCGGGGCUGGAGCUACAGAGGACACAGAGGCAAAGAAGAGGAAAAGAGCAGAACGCUUUGGGAUCGUCUGAUGCCGGUCCUUUCGAGCUUCAGCCCGUUGCAGUGUGCCUCUCGAGUGCGUGCAUACUCUUUCUCUCUCUUUCCCCCACUUUCUCUCACUCCCACACUGUUUCUCUAGUUUUUAGUGACGAGUAGACAGGGAAUCCCCCGUAGUUGUAUGAUUGUGCUACUUUUUUUUUUUUUUUUUUUUUUUUUCUCUUUCUUUUCCCCAAAUUACGGAGUUUAAAAAUGAAGAAAAGUUGAGCAAAAAGAAGAAACUGUUCUCGGUGCCCGGAGGUACCGUCCAGCGGGCAGAGGCGACGAGUGUCCCGGUUCCCCCCCCCCCCCCUCCCCGAGCUCUGCCCGGGGCACCGACGGGCGCAGCGUCUGCCGCGCGGUGUGGUGAGGACGGGAGGUAGAGCAGGGUGUGCCGGGCCCCCGGCAGCAGCUUCCCCGGUUCCAGGACUCCCGGGGUGCCGCUGAAGGCAGGGCUGGUUGAUGUGCGUCCUCUCUUUUGCCGUCCCAUUCCGUUUCCACCUCUCGGGCCGCCUCGCUCCGCGGCUCCUCCCUGUGAAAACGGGCCCCGGGGCUCAGCCCUGUCCCGGUUUCUUCCCUGCAGCCGGGACGAGAACGCGCCUCCUCUCGAGAGCCCCGGGGCGCUCCGCAAGUCCUGCUCUGCAUCUCUUACCCUGCCCUCGCCCGGGAGCUGGCAGGUGGAACGCCAGGGAAGGAUUUUUCUCAAUUAUAUUGUCUCAUGGUUUCAAAAACGGAGGUGGCGCAUGCGCUAGCCGGCGCGCGGGGCAGUUUCAGGACCGCCUGCCCUCCCCAGGUGAGGUUAAUGGGAAUUGUCAGAGCAAGAAUUGCCGAUUAACCCCCCCGCCCCGAUCGAGGCUGGUGCUCUGAAAAGAGGAGGUAAACCCAGCGAUGCAUUUGCAAGUGGAGCCUGUUCUCGCCGCUACGUUUACCCCGCCUUGCUCUGGCCUCUGCGGCCCGUGGCGUUCCGCGUGCGUCUUCCAGGUUCCUCCAAGGCCAGCGCCACGUUUCUGCCCGUAAGCAGCAGCGCUUUGUCCCGUCUCUUAGGCUGGGGUUUAUCUCCUCUCUGCCCCAGAGCAGCUGCCGAGUUGGUUUAACUCACCGACUCGCUGAAGGAGCCUCGCUCCUCUCGGAGCUGCCGGGCGGCGCGGGAGAGCACCGGCGUAUCCCGGCACCCUCUUUGAGUGUGGAAAUUCUCGGCAGCCGCACAGGGACGCGGUUCCUCCUGCUGCAUGAUCCAUAACCCUUUCGGUAAAAUUCCUGAAGAAAACGGGGCCGUGUCACGCCGAGGGCAGCGCUGCCGCAGCUUGUGGGGGGGCUCUUCUUGCCGCUUUAGUGUUUCAGGUGGCACCUUUGUUCCUGGCGAGCUGUGAGGAGCAUUUCUGGGGGGCGGCUGGCGAGGGGGGAGAGGUGCGGCGGGGCUGGGCCGGCUGGCGGGGGCCGCCCCUGCCCUUUCCCCCAUCGCCCGCCCGGAGAAUUAAGUUCCCUUCACAAGUUCAUUCCCACUGCAUCUCCCGCCCUGUGCAGAACUUUCCCUCCCGGGGACACCUCGGCCCCAGGCCUGAGCAGAAAUGUGUCCCGUCGGCUUUUUUGGGCGCGCGCUCCGCCUGAAAUCCUCCCCUCUGCAGACCGGCGUCCCGGGCUUCUGAUUUCUGAGCGUAACCUCUGCCCAGAGCUGCCGCCUUCUCCGUGCUUGGGGCCCUGAGGCGCUGGAGAACAGCGGGGGCGUGUGCAAGUGGAGCUUUUCAGAGGCUUAUACCUGGUUCUUAAUAAGCAAUAUAUAUAUAUAUAUAUUUUUUAACGUAGAAGUCUUCAAACUGCUUCUGUUCCAUUCAUGCUUGAAGUCUGACUGCGUCUGCGUGCCCCCCGGUGACUCUAAGCAAUACCUGGGACGUUUGUUGACUUUCCCAAAGGGCAGCUAAAAGCCACGGGGUCCGGGUUACGUUGUGUGUCUUGGGUUGUCGGUGGCUGAGUGAAUCGAAGCUCCCUUGCUCCGUCCUGGUUUAAUGUAAUAACGUUAUUCUGAUUUAAAAUUUUUUUUUUUUUUUUUUUUUUGUAUGUCAGAUUUUGUAAGAUGUAUUUUCUAUUUGGCUCACGAUCUCUUUGCUGGUUAUUGGCUUGAAACGUUUUGUAGUGUGCCAGGGCAAACCACUGCAUUUCAUUCUCGGUUUCAUAAUAAAAACUGCUUCUCCAAGGCAA